CCUCUACUUAUAUGGAUCAAUUUCCUAAAAUAGUGUAUCAAACUCUUCUUCACACCGAAUUUUGAGAGUAAAGUCACUUGGGAGGUGGUCUUUUCUUAAUUCCUAUCUCCUCUUCCACUUCUUUUGUCUUGAAGAGAGAUCUCUUCUUGGUAAAAAUCUCAAAAUUCAUACAGAAGGCCUGAGGAUCAGUGUAAAAGCCCUAGAUAUAAGCAGUUCCUUAAAAAUGGUGGAACUCCUCUAUUUCUUUUGCUUAUUGUUUGUAAGUAGUAUUAAUUGUGCAGAGAUUGGAGCAAGCAAAGACGAGUGCAUGGUAUCAAGGUGCAGUGAUCAGGGACCAGCCAUCCGGUUCCCGUUCCGGCUGAAGGACCAGCCAGAAAACUGUGGCUAUCCUGGGUUUGAGUUGUCUUGCACAGAAACGAACCAGACUAUACUUGAUAUGCCAUCUUCAGUAAAGCUCUCCGUGAAGAAUAUAAAGUACAAAUCUAGGGAAAUUGUCGUCGAGGACCCGAAUAAUUGCCUUCAAAGUCAGCUUCAAAACCUCAGAUUAUCUGCCUCUCCUUUCCACUUCAAACUCAAUCAUUCCUUUGAGCUACAAGCCUUUACCUUCUUCAAUUGUUCAGCAAAUCGUUCAGAUUCAAGUUAUUUUAAGUCCAUCAAAUCGUUCAGCAAAUCUUGCAGUUUUCUCCCAGGUAAUCCACUUUAUGCUGUUGAUUCCAGCACUAGUCUCACUGAUUUGGAUGUAUCCUCUUGCCGUAGGAUUUACAACCUUUCACUCCCGACUUAUUAUAUAUAUGAGGGAGAAAAUAGGCUUUAUUUGAAGUGGGAAGAAUCAAUAUGUGGAAACUGCGAAGCAGAAGGUAAGAAAUGCAGACUCAAAAAAAGCAAUGGCAAGAAACCUGAAACGGAAUGUAUCACAGAUACUAAAGUAAGCCAAGAUGAGUGCAUGGCAUCGAGUAAAUGCAGCGACCAGGGUCCAGCCAUCAGGUUUCCCUUUCAGCUUAAAGACCGCCACCCACACCACUGUGGCUGCCCUUUGUUUGAGCUAUCUUGCACAGAGAAGAAUCAGACGAUGCUGGAGCUGCCGCAUUCAGUAAAGUUCUUGGUAAAGAAUAUAAACUACAAAUCUCAGCAAAUUCUCGUCCAUGACCCUGAUUAUUGCCUUCCAAGACAGCUUGGAAAUCUCGAUUUAGCUGCCACCCCCUUCAAAUUCUCUGAAGAAUUGGAGAACUCCACUUUCUUCAUUUGUUCCUCAGUAAAUGGACAAACUUUUGGCGAGCGUGUCCCUUGCCUUGAUGUCCCUGGGUACCAAGUUUGGAAGUUUCCAUCUUCAGAGGUCAUGAGUUUCCCAGAACUGUUACCGUGCGGCAACAAGAUGUACGCUUCAUCACUUCCUAAGGAUGAGUAUGGGGAAAUAAAAAAUAAUUUUCAUCUCAACUGGACCACUCCUUCACACUGCAAAGGAAAAGGUGCAUUAAUAAAACCGUUGAUAGUUACAGGCGUAAUAGUUGGUUUUCCUCUGCUCAUGUCAAUUAUCAUCGCACUAUACAAAGUCUAUGAUUCAAAUAAAAUGGGAAGAGAAUAUAAGAUAAGGAUUGAGAAGUUUCUGGAAGAUUAUAGAGCUCUUAAGCCCUCAAGAUACACCUAUAUUGAUAUAAAGAAGAUUACAAAUCAGUUUAAGGACAAAUUAGGUGAAGGAGGCUAUGGAAUUGUGUAUAAAGGAAAGUUAUCCAAUGAAGUUCUUGUUGCAGUAAAGAUUCUAAACAAUUCCAAGGGAAAUGGGGAAGAGUUCAUUAAUGAAGUAGGAACAAUGGGUAGAAUUCACCAUGUUAAUGUAGUUCGUUUGGUCGGAUUUUGUGCUGAAGGAUCUAAACGAGCUCUCAUUUAUGAGUUCCAACCAAAUGAAUCUCUAGAGAAGUUCAUUUUCUCAGAAGCAGUUAAGAACCAUUCUCUUGGUUGGAAGAAGCUUCAAGGUAUUGCUGUAGGCAUAGCCAAAGGAAUUGAAUAUCUUCACCAAGGUUGUGAUCAAAGAAUCUUACAUUUUGAUAUCAAACCGCAUAAUAUUUUGCUUGAUCAUAACUUUAAUCCAAAAAUUUCUGAUUUUGGUCUAGCCAAAGUAUGCUCGAAGGAACAAAGUAGAGUUUCUAUGACAACGGCAAGAGGUACGAUGGGUUAUAUCGCACCAGAAGUUUUAUCUCGAAAUUUUGGGAGUGUAUCAUAUAAAUCAGAUGUCUAUAGCUUUGGAAUGUUAUUGCUAGAAAUGGUUGGAGGAAGGAAGAACAUUGACGUUAGUGUGGAGAAUGCUAGUCAAGUUUACUUCCCGGAAUGGGUCUAUAAUCAUUUAAAUCAAGGCGAAGAGAUACACAUUCGUAUUGAAGAAGAGAGAGAUUUUGAAAUAGCAAAAAAGUUAACAAUUGUGGGACUUUGGUGCAUUCAAUGGUGUCCAAUAAAUCGUCCUUCAAUGAAGGAUGUAGUUCAAAUGUUGGAAGAAGAAAGAAAUAAUGUAACCAUACCUCCUAAUCCCUUUGCAUUUACAGGUCCCACAAGAACAAAUAUCAAAAGUCUUCAACGACCUCUUCAAGAGUUGACAGUCAUUUCAGAGUUAGAGUGAAAAAAGGUGUCCAGUUUUAUUAUUAUAGAGUGUAAUUCAAAUAACAAGAAUCAUGUCUUAAUAGUUCACAAUGUAAUUAUUUCUAUUUGAAGUAGUGUUUGUACAAUAGAUUACUCUUGAUUCUCUAUC